UGUACACACCUCUCUCUGUCUGAAGGGAACAGAAAGGUGACCUGUACACGCCAAGUCCAACCAUAUCCUGACCAUCCAGACAGAUUCACCAACUGGUGUCAGGUUCUGUGUAGAGAGGGUCUGUCUGGACGCUGUUACUGGGAGGUGGAGUGGACUGGUGGUGUUGUUACAGCAGUCUCAUAUAAAGACAUCAGCAGAACAGAGAGAGAAUCAGGAAGUCCCUUCCCUUCCCACAAACUCUCUUCUGAGGAAACGAAACUGAUCAGAGUCUGUCUGUGUGAGAGUGAACAACCGUCCAAAUGGCUCAGCAGGGAGUUCUGCUGGACCAGGACCAGUUCUGUUGUUCUGUCUGUCUGGAUCUACUGAAGGAGCCGGUGGCUAUUCCCUGUGGACACAGUUACUGUAGGAGCUGUAUUCAGGGCUGCUGGGAUCAGGAUGUUCUGAAAGGGGUCUAUAGCUGUCCUCAGUGCAGAGAGACCUUCACUCCAAGGCCUAAUCUGAGGAAAAAUAACAUGUUGGCUGAGCUGGUGGAGAAACUGAGGAAGACAGGACUCCAGGCUGCUCCCCCUCCUGCUCUGUGCUAUGCUGGACCUGGAGAUGUGGCGUGUGAUUUCUGCACUGGGACCAGAAAGCAGAAAGCCCUCAUGUCCUGUCUGGUGUGUCUGGCCUCUUACUGUGAGACUCACCUCCAACCUCACUAUGAAUUUCCUGGUUUCAAGAAGCACAAGCUGGUCAAAGCCACGGCACAACUACAGGAGAAGAUGUGCUCUCAUCAUGACAAACUGCUGGAGGUUUACUGUCGUACCGAUCAGCAGUGUAUCUGUCUGCUGUGUACAAUGGAUGAACAUAAAGGCCAUGAUACAGUGUCAGCUGAGGCAGAGAGGACUGAGAAACAGAGGCAGCUGGGGAUGAGUCAGCAGAAGGUCCAGCACAGAUUCCAGGAGAGAGAGAAGGAGCUGAAGGAGCUCCAACAGGCUGUGGAGUCUUUCAAGCGCUCUGCACAGUCAGCAGUGGAGGACAGUGAUCAGAUCUUUACUGAGCUGAUCCGCUCCAUUGAGAGAAGGAGCUCUGAGGUGAAGGAGAUGAUCAGAGCCCAAGAGAAGGCUCAAGUGAGUCAAGCUGAAGGACUCCUGGAGCAACUGAAGCAGGAGAUAGCUGAGCUGAGGAAGAGAAGCACUGAGCUGGAGCAGCUCUCACACACAGAGGAUCACAUCCAUUUCCUCCAGAGGUAUCAGUCUCUCUCCAGUAUCAGUGUAUCUUCAGACUUACCCAGCAUCGUUGUCCCUCCUCUUCAGUACUUUGGAGAUGUGAGUAAGACUGUGUCUGAACUGAGAGAGAAACUAGAAGACUUCCUUAAAGGAGAAUGGACCAAGAUCUCCACUACAGUGAAUAUAGUGGAUGUUGUACUGCCUCCAGAGCCCAAGACCAGAGAACAGUUGUUACAAUAUUCCUGUCAGCUCACACUGGACCCAAACACAGCAUACACAUACCUCUCUCUGUCUGAAGGGAACAGAAAGGUGACCUAUACAGGCCAAGUCCAACCACAUCCUGUCCAUCCAGACAGAUUCACCAACUGGUACCAGGUUCUGUGUAGAGAGGGUCUGUCUGGACGCUGUUACUGGGAGGUGGAGAGGACUGGUGGUGUUAUUACAGCAGUCUCAUAUAAAGACAUCAGCAGAACAGGGACAGAUAGUGGAUUUGGACUCAAUAACAAGUCCUGGAGUUUACAGUGCUCUAGAGGUGGUUAUUGUUUCAGACACAAUAAUGUUGAGACUAAAGUAUCAGGCCCUCAGUCCUCCAGAGUAGGAGUGUACCUGGAUCACAAGGCAGGUACUCUGUCCUUCUACAGUGUCUCUGACACAAUGACCCUCCUCCACAGAGUCCAGACCACAUUCACUCAGCCCCUCUAUCCUGGGUUUUGUCUCAAUGGUACUGCUGAGCUAGUUAAACUGUAGUAGGGUCAACAUAGAUACUAGUCAUGCUGGUGUAGUCUAUAGCUGAGCUGGUUAAACUGUAGUAGGGUCCACAUAGAUACUAGUCAUGCUGGUGUAGUCUAUAGCUGAGCUGGUUAAACUGUAGUAGGGUCCACAUAGAUACUAGUCAUGCUGGUGUAGUCUAUAGCUGAGCUGGUUAAACUGUAGUAGGGUCCACAUAGAUACUAGUCAUGCUGGUGUAGUCUAUAGCUGAGCUGGUUAAACUGUAAACUGAUUUGUUAUUAAUUAAAAUUCAAUACAAUGUUUUAAUCUUGUACAUUUCCAUGAAUCAUGAUGUCUGGUGUUGAUGUAUAUUGGUUGUCAUUCAGAACCAUUGAUAUGUUUUCUCAGUUGGUUCUCUGUCUCUAUGUAAUUCUCCUCAGUAUCAUUGAUCAGCUUGUUGGCUCGGUCCUAAUUGAUGUGUUCUCUGUCACCUGGAGCUGCAUGGAAAAUGGUCCAGGAACUAAAGGACAAUUCAGGACUAGUCAGCCCACUAUAAGCUGGUAUCACUUACUUUCUACUAAACUAUAUGGUCUGGUUUCCCAGACACAGAUGAAUCCUAGUCCUGGACUAAACAGUAUGUUCAAUGUAUAUGUCCAGGAAACCGGCCCUAAAUGUGUCAUCUUUCAUCCUCCCAUACUGCUCAGUCCAGCAACAUUAAACCUGUCCAGCAGGUGGUGCCGUUGACCAAACAAUAAAACCAGCAGAUAUCUUGACUUGCCACUCAGUAUAUCAGUAAUGUUCAGAAUAGUACUUUAAUAUCAUUGGAGAUUGAUGGUCUUUUUAAUCCACUAUCCAGAGUCAGGAACAGAUGAAGUUAGGUCUGCUACUGUUCAGUGAUUAAAUAUGAUUUAUGGUGAUGGGAAAUAAUAAAAAACACUCAACUUCA